AUGUCUGAUACAUUUGAUAAUAUCCUUCCAUUACCAUAUAGAAUAAUAUCAUUAUUACUAUUAGGUUCAUGGUUAUGGUUAAUUAUAUUGAAAAUUUCAUUUAAAUACAAUAUAAAUUUAAUUCAAUUAUUAAAAAUUAAUGAAUUAUCAUCGUCAAUUUUAGAACAAAAAGAAUUAUAUACAAGACAUGAAAAAACUUGUAUUAAUAUAUCACUUAUAUCAAUAAUAUCAUAUUUGAUCUCACAAUUCUUACAUAACAAGGAUAUUGAAUCAAUAACAAUUUGGGAUUUUUUACCAAUUUUAAUAAUUUUAAUCAUUGCAUUCCAAUUGAUAAAACCAAAUAAUCAUGGAUCCAAAAGAUUAAUUUCAACUUUCAAUAGAAUCCUAAGAGGUAAAAUUUCUCAAAAUUUAAGAACAAAUGAUAUUUUAUUAAGUGAUACCUUAACAUCAUAUUCCAAAAUCCUAAUAGAUUUAGCAAUUUAUUCAUGUCAUUUAAUUAAUAACAAGACUUGUUUACCUAAAUCAACAGGUCCAACUUUAUCAAGAACAUGUGGUGAAUCAAUAAUGUUAGAUUCUCUUAUAGGAUUAAUACCAACUUUUAUAAGAUUAAAACAAUGUUUGUGGGAAUAUAAAUUAUCAAAUUUUAGAAAUAAAUUACAUUUAUUAAAUUUUUUCAAAUAUUCAACAAAUUUACCUAUUGUGAUUUUAGGUGUUUAUAUUAGAUUUUAUCAAAUUCAAUUAACCAAAUUUUGGGUGUUCCUUGCAUUGAUUAAUUCAAGUUAUACAUUUAUUUGGGAUAUUAAUAAUGAUUGGAAUUUAAAUUUAUUAAAAUUUGAUUUAAGAAAUCUUUUAAGAUCAAAAAUUAUUUAUAAUAAAGUUUUCUAUGGAUUUGCCAUAAUCAUUGAUUUCUUACUUAGAUUCAUAUGGAUUUGGAAAUUUCUUUCACCAGCCACCGAGAAUUCAUCAUGGUUUUAUUCUUGGAUAAGUUCAUUAUUUUCAUCAGAAUUUGGAAUUUUUUCAUUAGAAAUCUUGGAAAUUUUAAGAAGAUUUAUUUGGAUUUUAAUUAAAUUAGAAGUUGAUUAUAUAAAUUUAGAUCCAAUUAAAGAUAUUGAAUUAAAUGAAUUGAAAUAA